CGGAAAACGGCACACUGUAGGUAGACAUACAGACGAUUCGCCCUCCACUACAGGACCACUGCCACCCCCCGUGUGGCGCACACAAGGAAUUAGUUAGAAUAAGGGCGGCAGCCUUAUGACAGCCAGCAGGAAAAGCCCCACCAGGACCGCUCCGACAACACCUGACAUCACCGUUACAGCGGCUAACAAGACUCUGACACCCCAUUUCUUCAGAGGCUCUGCACACACACACACACACACACACGAACACACACAUAUGCACAGAGAGAGAGAGAGCCGUGUGUGUGUGCGAGCCUGCGUGCCUUCUGUCUGCUUGACGAGCUGCUGCCGCCGUUCAAAGAGGGCGUUGCGCGUGUUGAGCUUGGUCAUGAAGCCCAUGUCCUUCGCGAGUGCAUCCAGCUGCCGGUCCACCUCAGCUAUCUCCCUGUACACAUCGACCUUCACACACACACACACACACUGCCGUACACCGACAUCUCAUCUCGCUUGACCUCACCGACUUGAUCGGAUCUCAUCGCAACGAUGUGGUUGGCACGACGGCUGGGGCGGCUUGGUGUGGUGCGGGAGAGGCGGAUGGCCGGCGGGUGCACAUACGCACAGCAGCAGACCUCAGCCAGGGGAAGAACGACAACAUGACCAAAGAGGAUCAGCACCAAGACGGACAGGCGUCCCAUUACCACGUCCCGCGCUGUGCUUUGUGUAAGUUGUCGCCUUUGUGUUGGACUCGUAGAUCAGGUGUCUGGUCGUCCCCUUUCAUCAACGCACGUAUUCCUCCUGGUCAAAUCUCGAAAAAGCUGCGCUUCGCUCUCAGGGCAGAUAGGCGCUGAUGUUUCUCCUUGAAUGGAGAGAGGAG